AUGUCCCUAGCAACUCGGGAUGCCUUAGAGUUUCCCGAGUCCGACAGGGCUUUUCUGGAACCCCAGUUACCACCGCAAGAUGGCUCGACACCACGGCCGGAUAUGCCAUUUACCACCCUCACUUUCGCUACAUCUCUCGAUUCAUCCCUCGCAUUGUCUCCGGGUACACGCACAGUGCUAUCGGGACCCCGUUCCAAAGCCAUGACUCACUAUCUGCGAUCCCGUCAUGACGGUAUCCUGAUUGGUGUUGGGACUGCACUGGCGGACGACCCUGGACUUAACUGUCGCAUCCUCGGCGUUGGGGGCUAUGGAGGCGAAAAGCUCGAAAACCAACCGCGUCCAAUUGUCAUUGAUCCGAAGGCGCAAUGGGACUUUUCCGAGAAAAGCAAGCUGUUUCAGCUAUGCAAGAACGGCCAAGGCCGAGCACCAUGGGUUGUCACUGGCCUCCAAGAACUUCCAGCUCGGAAGCGAUCUCUACUAGAGAAGUAUGGCGGGCGGUUCAUUUCAAUGGAUAUCUCGGUAUCGAAGUCUGGUAGUCAUCAAAUAGACUGGCGAGAAAUAUUUGUGACGCUCCGAUCUAAUGGCCUUCGUAGUGUCAUGGUUGAGGGUGGCGGUCAUGUUAUCAAUUCGCUACUGGAACCUUCAUGCAUAACACUGAUUGAUAAAGUGAUUGUUACGAUUGCUCCAACAUGGUUAGGUCAGGGAGGGGUUGUUGUCUCUCCUUCUAGACGUUUCGACGGAGACGGGAACGCGAUUUCAGCAGCGAGACUUACCAACGUCAAGUGGUAUCCUUUUGGCGAAGAUGUUGUCCUGUGUGGCCAAUUUAAGAUUGAGAAUUGUUAG